GUCAGUUAUGGAGAAUUCGUAACUACCGAAUUAUGAUCAAUUGGGCGUGAAAGGGUAUUGGACAACGUAGAAAGGCAUUGACUGGACAAGUUAACGUUGUAACAGUCAAUCUAUUGACCACUAUAGCGGUGGUUCGAUGGGGAUAAAUCACACCGAACACGGUCACGUGGAAGGCGCGUAUUUGAUCUCCGCUACCGCGUUUCUUGUUUGCUGCAGGCGGCGUGUCACUGGCAUGUAGUCACCUUAAAUACGCGUACACCCGAUUUCCCGUCCUUCUUCCCAACAUCCUUCGUCAUUCAUCAACCAUGGAAUCAGCUACACUCUCCAGGACAUCAUCGUUGGCCAGCAUAUCUUCCACGGAUGAUACUGCGCGUCGUACGCGCAAACGCUUUUCCACUGUUCAGCUUAUGAUGCUGGAACAGCUUUUCCAUCGGACAUCCCACCCGACGCGAGAGGAACGCGAAGCCGUUGCGAACACAGCAGGAAUGGAAAUAAAGUCUGUCACCAUAUGGUUCCAAAACAAACGUCAGACGGAGCGCAAAGUGGCCCUCCACAAUGCGACGAACGUCUCCAAUGAUGAUGACCCUUCCUCUCUAUUAUUCGCGAAUGGACAUGCUUCUUCGUCACGUCACGUCCAUUCCCGAUCAGUUUCUUUUUCGAGCUUGCAUACUCCACGGAGACGGAUAACGCCUCCUCGCCCGCGUCCCUCCCUUGAUCGUGUCGCGGCACGUUCCGAAUCACGUCUCCAACCACCUCGCACACCUACGAAGCCUCAUAAUCCACAUGCAUCACUAUGGGACAAUAUGCCCUCAUCUCCACUGGCACCUGCCAGCCCUCCUACGCGCGACUUGAUAGACUUCAUGGGCAGCGGGCGCACCCUUGAAUGGGCAUGUGCUGCGGCACGCCUAUCCGGAAGACGUAAAGAAGACGAAGCAGGUGCUGAAACGGAAGACGAAGAAAUAGAAGCUGUUACGCCGGAUGGGAGCUUAGGAGCUGGAGAUGACGCCUGGAAUAAGAAAACUGCAUUUCCCGUCCAGAAGCGCGGGCACGUGGCUCGGAACUUGAAGUUUGCGCCCGUGGUAGUAAACGGAAGAAAAAGUACGAUUCAGGACGACGAUAUGAUGCGAGCUGCGCUGGUCUUGUGUGGACUGGGAAAGCGCAGCUGAGGGAUCGUUAAUAAUUAUCAGGCGGUGACAUUAGACUUUUUGUACGCACAGCACUAACCUUAUUAUCUGCACAUACCCUGCAUUUCCAAAAUUGCAUCUUCACAUUUGUUAUCAUGUUGUAUAUCAUAUUGUGUACGUUCUUCGGGAGGACUCCGUUAUCUGUGUGAAUUUUGAAAUGAAGGACUCAGAAGAAACAAACGACCCGACAAACGACUGAGUCAGCGCUGAUGAUUUCUGCCAAAGAAAAAGUCAACGUAAAUCGUAUACUCGAUUGACUCGAGAAGGUCGAGAUAUAUCAUGACGAGUCAUCGAUCAAUCAAAUCAGGGGGAAGGCAUGUCGUUGGACACACUCUACCCUCCUGAUUUGAUUGUGCAAAUCAUCU